CACAGAGACGCUACGUGUAACCGUCACCGGCAAUACGAGACACGAAUCAUAACCACCUAAUCACAUUCGUCCACGUGGAAUCGGAAACAAUCGACCGACUUAAUAAUAACUUUACUCGUAAGAAUGGAAAAAGAUUCUCCAUCGUCGUAAGCAAAGAAUUUCUUCGUUGUUUUCUUCAUCAUCGUUCAUUUCGAUUCGAUUCGAUUCGCUUCCUCUUCGGAUGAUUACAUGUCUGUCUCUAAUUAUUUGACAGAAAAAUAUACGAAUCUAUUAAAGAUCAAUUUUCUCGGUCGUAUAUUCUAAUUUUUCCCAUUUUCGUAAUUUGAAAGUAAGAAUCACCAAAAUUUUGAUCCAGAAUGCAACGUGUUGUUGAUAAUGUCCUUGCUGUUACUAAAGAGUCGGUGAAGACUUUUACUUAUGAGUCUUUGAACAAUAUUGUGAGGUUUAUCAAUGGAUUAUCAGCUAUUUUGUUGGCAUUACUACCAGGAAAAGCUAAUAUACUUGAAGGUAUUCAGGGUUGGGAGCUUAGGCCAACUUUCCGUGGACCGCGAUUUCCACGUUGGAUGGAAAACGGUGUGUCCUCUUUCAACCAAUAUAUUCAUGAACUUGCUGUGGAUUCUGAUGUCUCGAGUCUAGAAUACUCAUCUGGAGAAGAAUAUGAUGAUGUGUAUGAUUAUCCUGACACUCCCUCAUCUACAAGUUCUAGAGCGUCCUCUAGAGCCAGUUUUACCGAUUACAGUAGGCAUCAUAUGGAUUGGAUCCAGUAUAUCUUACUUUGGAUUUUGGUUCCUGUGAAGUUUUUGCUGGGGAUUCCAUUUUGUCUUUUCCGGUUAGUUUAUUCUGCGGUGUCAAAACCGCGCUCCGUCUCUGGAAAUCAGCACUCUGCAGAACAAUCGCAUUUACAUGCGAGGGUGCAAAGCCUCAAAGACCAAAUUAUUCAUCGAACUACUGAUAGGAGACGAGGGAUAAUAGAGGAUCUUCAUUUAGGCAUGGAAAUAUUCAUAGAAGCUGUUUUUGAUUUUGUUCACAAGGCAGUAUAUCUUCUUCUUUCCCCAUCAGAAGCUUUUGGAAAAUUAUUUAGGUUGUUUUCAUCUCAUGAAAGAGGUAUUGAAGAUGAUGAUAAUGUUGUUGAGAAUGCCACCAUUUAUACAGCUACACUCGGAGAGAAUGACCGAACACCUACAGAGAGGAAUACUGAUUUUCGACAGUCUUUUAGCACGGAUGCCCGGACAUGUCAGGAUGUCAUAACAGAGCUUGGGUAUCCAUAUGAAGCUAUUCAUGUGAUCACUGCCGAUGGAUACGUUCUUCUUUUGGAAAGAAUACCCAGGCGAGAUGCUCGAAAAGCAGUUUAUCUCCAGCAUGGAGUUUUUGAUUCAUCAAUGGGUUGGGUAUCUAACGGUGUUGUUGGGUCUCCAGCUUUUGCAGCCUAUGAUCAAGGAUAUGAUGUAUUUUUGGGAAACUUUCGUGGUUUGGUUUCUAGAGAACAUGUCAACAAGAACAUCUCCUCACACGAAUACUGGCGGUAUUCCAUCAAUGAACACGGGACUGAGGAUAUUCCUGCUAUGGUAGAGAAAAUCCAUCAAGUUAAAACUGCUGAGUUGAAACUUAGUAACCCUGAAAUUGAGGAGGAAAAUAAUGAUAAUCAGCUUUACAAGCUUUGUGCAAUUAGCCAUAGUUUGGGAGGAGCAUCUAUGUUGAUGUAUAUCAUUACGCGUAGGAUAGCAGAGAAGCCACAUAGACUUUCUAGAUUGAUUUUGUUAUCACCUGCCGGUUUUCAUCAUGACUCUAACAUCGUUUUCUCUAUGGCGGAGCGUGCAAUAUUUUUUCUAGCUCCUAUUUUGUCUCGUAUUUUCCCCGCCUUCUAUAUACCAACCCGAUUCUUUCGUAUGCUCGUUAAUAAGUUAGCUCGGGACUUGCAAAAUCUACCUGCCGUGGGAGGGUUGGUUCAGACUUUAUUUGGUUAUGUUCUCGGCGGAGACAGCUCAAAUUGGGUUGGAGUUUUAGGAACACCACAUUAUAACGUGAAUGACAUGCCAGGAGUAUCUUUUUAUGUUGGUCUUCAUCUUGCACAGAUAAAAAGAACUAGAAGAUUUAGAAUGUUUGACUAUGGAAGUGCGUCUGCUAAUAUGAAAGUAUAUGGUUCACCUGAGCCUUUGGAUAUAGGUGAACAUUAUUGGCUCAUUGACAUUCCUGUUGAUUUGGUUGCUGGUCAGAAAGACAAAGUUAUAAGACCUUCAAUGGUGAAGAGACACUAUAAAUUGAUGAAGGAGGUUGGUGUGGAUGUCUCAUUUAAUGAGUUUGAAUAUGCUCAUUUGGACUUUACUUUUUCUCAUCAUGAAGAACUUUUGUCAUAUGUUAUGUCACGUUUGUUGCUUGUGAAGACAAAUCCAAAGCUUGAAGUAAAUAAAAGGUCUUUAAGAUUGAGGAAGAAAGGACAAGUUUCAGCUACAGGGUAAGAAUGUGAGGAGAAAAUCUAUAGAUUUUCAUUUCAUAUUCAAGCAUUUUGGGCGAUGGAGUUGUACUGUAUACCUAUCUGAUUGUGAAGCUGCUCUAUACAUGUGUCAUACACCUUCCUUCAAAUCUAUGUUGUGUUAGGUUGGAGGAAAAUAUGACUUAGAUAAGACCUUAGAAACAAUGUUGGAAUGCUUUGUAAAUAUUAACUGCCUGAGUGGAACAAAAGGAGUGAGGGAACACUAUUACAUAUGUUUGUUAUACUAUAGAUUUCCUCAUGUACCGUAAGGAUGAAGAGAUAAACAGAAACAGUUUGCGAAAUACAUGUUAAUUUGUCCCUUUACAAGGUACAGUAUCCUAUGAACAAAGAAUUUUUCUUUUGCA